AUGGCUAGGGUGGGGGUAGGCCCACGGAGAGGGAAGUAGAGGAAAGAUAAUUUGACACACAUCUGUGAAGGAACAUCUAAAGCUUUGGUGUUUCAGCUCAACAUUAAGUAUUAUUUAUCAAGAAUAAUGGAACGAAAAUUAUACUUUUUGGAGGUAUUAUCUGGUGCUGAAGUGUUUUUAUCCUCUUUGCAAGGAAACUUGCUUUCAUACUGGUCCCCCGUGGGAAUAGAACCGACAACCCUGGCGUUUCAAGCACCAUGCUCUACCAACUGAGCGACACAGGACCACAUAAUCAAUCAGUAAACCAGCUAGCUGGUUCAUUAGAAAAGCUAAACUAAGAUAUGUGUUGUUGGUUAUUUCAAGCUCAUCUUUCUAAAAAAGAAAACGUUAUUUCAGAGUAUUUAGGCAAGUUAGCUGGCUAACUCAUUGAUCUUGCUUUGUAGUAUACCCCUCUGCUUGAGCCAUUUGCUACUCACCUCCAACCAAAGUGACAUCAUCAGGGCUGGUUCUCAAGAAGAGUUAGCCCAUUUUCUCCACUGUGUGGCAGAGCAGUACUGUAGCAAACAUCUGUUUGGUGUGAAGAAACAAACAGCAAACCAAAAAACAUACAUACUGCUAAGGUAGAGAAUAAUACUCAAACUGUUCUAGACAAAAAAAAAUAGGGAGUGAAUGUUAUAAUAGGGGUUACAUGGAGAAAAUCGGACCUCUGAAAUAGAAAUGGAUGGCCCUCCCUUAAGCAAAAUAUAUUUUACCUAAACCCUCCCUUAGAUAUGCAGUUUUAUAAUUCUUUGUCCUGUUAGCGUUACAUGGCAAUGCAGACAUUUGUAUAGUGCACAGGGCUGCGGGCCAGAAGGUUGUGGGUUCACCGUGGACAAGAGUAGGCGCAGUCGUCUAAGGCAGUGCAUUGCAGUGCUAGCUGUGCCACUAGAGAUCCUGGUUCGAAUCCAGGCUCUGUCGUAGCCGGCUGCGACCGGGAGACCCAUGGGGCGGCGCACAAUUGUCCCAGCGUCGUCCAGGGUAGGGGAGGGAAUGGCCGGCAGGGAUGUACAGUGGGGAAAAAAAGUAUUUAGUCAGCCACCAAUUGUGCAAGUUCUCCCACUUAAAAAGAUGAGAGAGGCCUGUAAUUUUCAUCAUAGGUACACGUCAACUAUGACAGACAAAUUGAAGAAAAAAAAUCCAGAAAAUCACAUUGUAGGAUUUUUUAAUGAAUUUAUUUGCAAAUUAUGGUGGAAAAUAAGUAUUUGGUCACCUACAAACAAGCAAGAUUUCUGGCUCUCACAGACCUGUAACUUCUUCUUUAAGAGGCUCCUCUGUCCUCCACUCGUUACCUGUAUUAAUGGCACCUGUUUGAACUUGUUAUCAGUAUAAAAGACACCUGUCCACAACCUCAAACAGUCACACUCCAAACUCCACUAUGGCCAAGACCAAAGAGCUGUCAAAGGACACCAGAAACAAAAUUAUAGACCUGCACCAGGCUGGGAAGACUGAAUCUGCAAUAGGUAAGCAGCUUGGUUUGAAGAAAUCAACUGUGGGAGCAAUUAUUAGGAAAUGGAAGACAUACAAGACCACUGAUAAUCUCCCUCGAUCUGGGGCUCCACGCAAGAUCUUACCCCGUGGGGUCAAAAUGAUCACAAGAACGGUGAGCAAAAAUCCCAGAACCACACGGGGGGACCUAGUGAAUGACCUGCAGAGAGCUGGGACCAAUGUAACAAAGCCUACCAUCAGUAACACACUACGCCGCCAGGGACUCAAAUCCUGCAGUGCCAGACGUGUCCCCCUGCUUAAGCCAGUACAUGUCCAGGCCCGUCUGAAGUUUGCUAGAGUGCAUUUGGAUGAUCCAGAAGAGGAUUGGGAGAAUGUCAUAUGGUCAGAUGAAACCAAAAUAUAACUUUUUGGUAAAAACUCAACUCGUCGUGUUUGGAGGACAAAGAAUGCUGAGUUGCCUCCAAAGAACACCAUACCUACUGUGAAGCAUGGGGGUGGAAACAUCAUGCUUUGGGGCUGUUUUUCUGCAAAGGGACCAGGACGACUGAUCCGUGUAAAGGAAAGAAUGAAUGGGGCCAUGUAUCGUGAGAUUUUGAGUGAAAACCUCCUUCCAUCAGCAAGGGCAUUGAAGAUGAAACGUGGCUGGGUCUUUCAGCAUGACAAUGAUCCCAAACACACCGCCCGGGCAACGAAGGAGUGGCUUCGUAAGAAGCAUUUCAAGGUCCUGGAGUGGCCUAGCCAGUCUCCAGAUCUCAACCCCAUAGAAAAUCUUUGGAGGGAGUUGAAAGUCUGUGUUGCCCAGCGACAGCCCCAAAACAUCACUGCUCUAGAGGAGAUCUGCAUGGAGGAAUGGGCCAAAAUACCAGCAACAGUGUGUGAAAACCUUGUGAAGACUUACAGAAAACGUUUGACCUGUGUCAUUGUCAACAAAGGGUAUAUAACAAAGUAUUGAGAAACUUUUGUUAUUGACCAAAUACUUAUUUUCCACCAUAAUUUGCAAAUAAAUUAAUUAAAAAUCCUACAAUGUAAUUUUCUGGAUUUUUUUUUCUCAUUUUGUCUGUCAUAGUUGAUGUGUACCUAUGAUGAAAAUUACAGGCCUCUCUCUUCUUUUUAAGUGGGAGAACUUGCACAAUCGGUGGCUAACUAAAUACUUUUUUCCCCCACUGUAGCUCAGUUGGUAGAGCAUGGCGUUUGCAACGCCAGGGUUGUGGAUUCGAUUCCCACGGGGGGUAUGAAAAAAAUAAAAAAAAUAAUGUAUGCACUCACUAACUGGUAUGUCUUAUCAUCGUAUUUGCAGGCUCGAGAAAAAAUGGCCUUUUAUUAAAAUGUCAUGAAAUUCUACUUAAUUUGAACAGAUUUGUUCUAAAAUACCACACAAAUUACUGAAAUUACAGGCUGAAUGGACAGAGAGAUAGGCCUAUGUGUUCAUAUUAUCAUAUUUCUCCAAUGCCAAAUCAGUGUGUCUUGUUUGCAUCGAAACUGUCCCUGUUAAUAAUUAAAUCUGAGACGUCAAUAGGAGUCUGAGCUUGGUACUUUCAAAUGUUAGGCCUACCCAGACAGAGUAGGCCUACCGACGCAGAAAAAUGUAAGCUUUAACUGCUGGCUACUCUUCUUCCGUGGCUUAACCCAACGAGAUAAGGUUACAAGUGUUUCCCUAAAAGCUGUCUGGGUUUAAACAUCUUGUAAUGUACAGAAAGUGAAUAGCUUAAUCAAUUGCUAGUGACAGAAUUAGAUUACUUUCCAAGCAAAGUCUAGUUUUUGUUUCCUUGGCUAUAGAAGGUUGUAGCUCAGCCUCUGAAUGUCAAAGAAACUAAACAAUGAUAUUCCCAUAUGCAUCAGAGUCACGUCUUUCCUGGGUAUUUUACAGCUUGUUUCCAGCAUAAAGCAUCGCGGACCAAAGCGCUGUUAUAGAUCACUUUAUAUAAUUGGAUCCGUUUCAUUUUCUUCAAUAUCUUAAGAUAACAAGGGGUAGGCCUCUGUUUUUUGCCCUUUCUUUAAUAAAAGGUAGGCCUAUGGCAUACCCUCUCAUACCCCCUCAAUUUGAGUCUUGGAUUUAACUUAACAGCCCUUCACUGACACAGAGGUAGGCUAUUUAAAUAGUGCAUGGUGGGUGGAGGAAUUGACUGACAAAUCUAUGGACGUAGCAGCCUAUAGCCUAAUUUCGUCUGUCAAACAGGUAGGCCUACCUCUUCUUUCUUAAAUAGGAAGAAAUAGGCUCCAACAUAAAGCCCUCUUGUUAUUAGUAAAGUAAAUUUAAAUGAAGAUGGUUUAAAUGAAUUAUGCAGUUAUUGAUUGUGCCGCGAUGCUUCUUCAAGUUUCAGCACCACAAUGUAAGUUACUCGAAUCUGGCUUAUUGUGAGGUCAAUAACUCUGAUAAAUACAUCAUGGGUAAGAAACAUAUUGUUUUUCAUAUUAUCAAUUAUAGUAAUAGCAGCAAGCUACAAAGUUGAUCUCCGGUCCUCCUCAUCUUCGCGCUCUCCUUCUCAAACUGAACAGAACAUAUGCUAUAGGCUAGUCCGCACGCAAUAUUUUUUUUGGGAAGAAGCCGUUGACUCCUCCUGAACUGCUACCUUAGGCACAGCCAUUGGUUAGGCAGCACACAAAAAAGUUUUUGAUCAGCAUGAGCAGAGCAGGCCGGGGCUCAGGAUUAGAAUAUCCAUUGCCGUGUGUAAUGCAGCCUAGUUUUAUUUCACCAUCCCAGUAGAUAUCUUAGAAGUAUAACUUUGCUCUGCACUUCAUAGGCUAUGGAUAACUUAAUUGAGACCACAUUAAAUAGCCUAUAGGCGCACUUGUUAUUGCCCGCCCAGCGGAGAAUCAGAGAUGAGGGGUGGCAUCGAUAUAUAGCCUAAUAAGCAACUCCUUCUAAAACACAGAGAAUUAUAGACAUUCCAUAAAUUACAAAUUACAUGACCCUCCACUGGACUAUAAUACAAAUAUAAAUACUAAACCCUCCCCUUGACCCUCCCUCAUUUUCCUCCAGGUAACCAUUCUGUACAUUUCUAAUCCUCCCUUAGACAAAUACAGUUGCUUAGUUGUUAGCAAUUUGUGAAAGAAAAAAGGAUUGGCCCAAAGUUUUACUACUAUCACUCUUGAAGAUCAAUGGGGAAUCUGUUUCUGCCUUGCUUUUCUAACUCUUGUCUUUUUGUCUCUUUCCCUAACCCACAGGUCCUGCAUGUGGCUGGGCCUGUAGCCAGCGCUGUGUUGAGCACGACCCCCCGAGCCAGGCAGGCUUCUGGGGCCGCUUCCCACAAGCCACACCCAGCCCACUGCUCCCCAGACCUACUGUUCCCUAUGCUAACCCUUCUGAGCAUGUUUUACUAUAUCUGUCUGCGGCGCCGGUCCAGGAGCGGAACUCGGGGUGAGGCGCUGACCAGCAGGCGGGCCGUGGAGUCAGGCCAGCGGGCCACCCUGCCCAUCAGCGUGGAGGUGGAACAGUAUGCCAAAGGUAUGAUCAUUCACCUGCUAUUGUGCCCUUGAGCAAGGCACUUAGUCUAACCCCUUAAAAUAGCUCCAAAUUGGAUUUGUCACAUGCGCCGAAUACAACAGGGGUAGACCUUGCCGUGAAAUGCUUACUUACAAGCCCUUAACCAACAAUGCAGUUCAAGAAAUAGAGUUAAGAAAAUAUUUAGUACAAAAUAAAAUAAAAAGUUACACAAUAAAAUAACAAUAAUGAGGCUAUAUACAGGGGGUACCGGUACCGAGUCAAUGUGCGGGGGUACAGGUUAGUCGGUAAUUUGUACAUGUAGGUAGGGGUAUGCAUAGAUAAUAAACAGCGAGUAGCAGCAGUGUAAAAACAAAGGUGGGUAUCAAUGUAAGGGUGGUAUCAAUGUAAAUAGUCAGAGUGGCCAUUUUAUUAAUUGUUCAGCAGUCUUAUGGCUUGGGGGUAGAAGCUGUUAAGGAGCCUUUUGGACCUAGACUUGGCGCGCCGGUACUUGGGUGACUGGAGUCUUUGACCAUUUUAUGGGCCUUCCUCUGACACCGCCUAGUAUAUAGGUCCUGGAUGGCAGGAAGCUUGGCCCCAGUGAUGUACUGGGCACUACCCUCUGUAGCGCUUUACGGUCGGAUGCCGAGCGGUUGCCAAAUCAGGUGGUAAUGUAGCUGUAGAACAUUUUGAGGAUCUGGGGACACAUGCCAAAUCUUUUCAGUCUCCUGAGGGGGAAAAGGUGUUGUCGUGCCCUCUUCACGACUGUCUUAGUGUGUUUGGACCAUGAUAGUUUGUUGGUGAUGUGGACACCAAGGAACUUGAAACUCUCGACCCUCUCCACUACAGCCCCGUCGAUGUGAAUGCGGGCGUGUUCGGCCCUCCUUUUCCUGUAGUCCACGAUCAUCUCCUUUGUCUUGCUCACAUUGAGGGAGAGGUUGUUGUCCUGGCACCACACUGCCAGGUCUCUGAUCUCCUCCCUAUAGGCUGUCUCAUCGUUGUCUGUGAUCAGGCCUACCACUGUUGUGUCGUCAGCAAACCUAAUGAUGGUGUUGGAGUCGUGCUUGGCCACGCAGUCGUGGGUGAACAGGGAGUACAGGAGGGGACUAAGCACGCACCCCUGAGGGGCCCCCGUGUUGAGGAUCAGUGUGGCAGAUGUUGUAGUCUACCCUUACCACCUGGGGGCAGCCAGUCAGGAAGUCCAGGAUCCAGUUGCAGAGGGAGGUGUUUAGUCCCAGGGUCCUUAGCUUAGUGAUGAGCUUUGUGGGCACUGUGGUGUUGAACGCUGAGCUGUAGUCAAUGAACAGCAUUCUCACAUAGCUGUUCCUUUUGUCCAGGUGGGAAAGGGCAGUGUGGAGUGCGAUUGAGAUUGCGUCAUCUGUGGAUUUGUUGGGGCGGUAUGGGAAUUGGAGUGGGUCUAGGGUUGGUGUUGAUGUGAGCCAUGACCAGCCUUUCAAAGCACGGGGCGGUAGUCAUUUAUGCAGGUUAUCGUUGCUUUCUUGGGCACAGGGACUUUGGUGGUCUGCUUGAAGCAUGUAGGUAUUACAGACUCGGUCAGGGAGAGGUUGAAAAUGUCAGUGAAGACACUUGCCAGUUGGUCCCCGCAUGCUCUGAGUACACAUCCUGGUAAUCCAUCUGGUCCCGCGGCCUUGUGAAUGUUGACCUGUUUAAAGGUCUUGCUCACAUCGGCUACGGAGAGCGUGAUCACACAGUCGUCCGGAACAGCUGAUGCUCUCAUGCAAGCUUCAGUGUUGCUUGCCUCGAAGUGAGCAUAAAAGGCAUUUAGUUCGUCUGGUAGGCUCGCGUCACUGGGCAGCUCGCGGCUGGGUUUCCCUUUGUAGUCCGUAAUAGUUUGCAAGCCCUGCCACAUCCGACGAGCGUUAGAGCCGGUUUAGUAGGAUUCAAUCUUAGUCCUGUAUUGACGCUUUGCCUGUUUGAUGGUUCGUCUGAGGGCAUAGCGGGAUUUCUUAUAAGCGUCCGGAUUAGUGUCCUGCUCCUUGAAAGCGGCAGCUCGAGCCUGUAGCUCGGUGCGGAUGUUGCCUGUAAUCCAUGGCUUCUGGUUGGGAUAUGUACGUACGGUCACUGUGGGGACGACGUCGUCGAUGCACUUAUUGAUGAAGCUGGUGACUGAGGUGGUAUACUUCUCAAUGCCAUUGGAUGAAUCCCAGAACAUAUUCCAGUCUGUGCUGCACUGGAGCUGAAACGGUGUGCUCCUCCCAAAAUGUGUGCUGUGUGCUAUUGUCUGGGGGGGUUGGAAGCAGAUGGACUAACCUUAUCCUAUCCUAUAGAGGUGCUGGACUUCAGCUCCCACUACGGCAGUGAGAACAGCAUGUCGUACACCAUGUGGAACCUGGCCGGCGUGCCCAACGUCUACCCCAGCUCUGGGGACUUCACCCAGACGGCCGUGUUCAGGGCCUACGGGACGUGGUGGGAGCAGUGUGCCAGCGCGCCGCUGCCCUUCCGCCGCACGCCCAAGGCCUUCCACAGCCAGGACUACAUCGAGCUGGCCUUCGAGGAGCCCGUCUACCCCACAGCCGUGGAGGUGCUGGAGACCUACCACCCGGGGGCCAUCGUCCAGAUCAUGGCCUGCUCCCUCAACCCCUUCUCCCAGAACCCUCCCACGGACAUCAGGUAAGGACCAUAGUGGUGGUGUGGGACUCGGGUUGUAGAAAUGUAGUUUGCCAAAUCUUCUAGCAUGAAAUCUCUGCUUUUCGUACAUAGCCACUUUCACACCUUCCCUAUAUACUGUAAAACUUAAAUUAAUAGCCUGGGUGUUUAUUUGCUUCAAUCACUGAACACAACAGGCGCGUAUUAUAAUGAGUCAGGCUUCUAUUUGAGUCAGGCGUCUAUUUCCUUAAUGCAUACAGCUUUUGCUCAAUAACAUUUAGAAAAGACUACCACACUGUUUAUUGUGACCAGUAUAAACAUUAUAAUAACAAAUCCAUCGCAGGUCAGACUUGCAAAGACUAGGCUGCCUAUCAAACACCCCAAUUUCGGCCAUCAGCACCAUGGAGAGUGGUACCGGUAAUCACUGAAGUCGUGUUUUCUUUUUGGUGGCUCCAUGGCUAGCAACGAUGACAGAAUUUUUUACAAAUGUUUUUAAUGCACAUGACCAUAGGAAUAUCAAAGCUGUGUCCAUGGUAACCUCAAGCAAUUCAUUUAGACCCAGCGUUUAUUUGAAACAGGUGUUUAUGAAAAAAACUAUUAAAAGGGACAGGCGGCUAUUUGAGACUUGGCGUUUAAUUGAAGUUUUAGGCAUCAGGAUAUACGAUAAACAGAGCAGAAGCAGCGUGUGUAGAGUCCGUAUGAAUGUGUGAGCAAAUUAAGGCUGUACAAGUGGUCUGAAUUAUUUCAAAAUGUGCUGUACGGGCUGUCCUCACCACCCUCUGUAGUGCCAAGCGAUCGAGGGUGGUGCAGUUGUCAUACCAAGCAAUGAUGCAGCCAGUCAAGAUGCUCUCAAUUGUUGAGUGGAGUUUUACUAUUAAUUAGUUAAUAGACCAAUAAGAAAGAGAGUUCCAAACGUCUCUGCCAAUAACGGCUAGUUUUCAGUUUUCCACUCCCCACUCAGACCAUUCCGACAGUCCUAGCAAAAUUAUUGCUUGAGAAACUGCUCUAGUCUAAGAAGCUUUUUUUUUGUUGACUAUUUUAAUUGAAAACAAUCACGGUAAGUUACUUAAUUGUUACCCAGAAAUGAUUUGAUAUUGUGAUUUAAAAACGGCUGCAUUUAAAGUAAUGCGUGCAUUUUUUUUUUUUUACAUAUGGGUAGUCCUGGGAAUCUAACCCACUAUCCUGGCGAUGCUCUAGCAACUGAGCUACAGAGGACCACAACGAAAUUCAUGUUUGUACUCUGUGGGCUGGUUUCCCGGACACAGAUUAAGCCUAGUCUUGGACUAAGAAGCACUUUCACUUAGAUUCUCCAUUGAGCAAGUUUUAUUUGUUCAGGACUAGGCUUAGUUUGUGAAUGGGAAAACGGCCAUAAGUGAUUGUCUCAGAUUAAAGAGUGGUGUGUGUGUGGGUACCUCUGAGAGGUGUACCUCUGUCUCUGUCUGUCCCCAGGUGGGAGGUGUUGUGGGCUGGGGAGCCCACCAAGGUGCUGACCCCCCAGGCCAGGCAGUUCUCCCCCAGCAUCAAGCAGCUGAGCUUCCCCACCAACUUAAUCCGCGUGGAGGUCAACAGCUCCCUGCUAAAGUACUACACGGAACUGGACGCCGUUGUCCUGCGAGGCCAGAGGGAGAGGCCCAUUCUCUCCCUUUAUAAGAUGCCCAGGAUCGACAUCUGUGACCUGAGUGACAGCGAUGAGGAGUUGUCUGACCCGGGAGCUUCCUUCAGACAGGCCGGGGAUGGCAAGCACAUUAACCUGGGGAAUGGAUACUUCGACAAACUGCCCUACGAGGUGGGGAGAAUACGCUAUUAGACACUCACAUAUACUACAACACUCGUAUAUGGCUGCUGGCUGCAUUUUCUGUCCACUAAAUUUCAGUUUAUGUGACUAAAACAAGCAAGUAUAGUGUAGAGAAUCAUUGUACUAUCUAAACCGCUGUGAGAUAUAUUUUCCAUAACCAAAAACACUGUAUUUUCAGCUGUUUGAAGCUAGUGUACAAAACUGAAAGUAAAAGAUGCAGAAAAGAACACUUAAGAAUGGGAAGCAUAGAAAUAGCGCACAAAGAACAGAUAUAUCGCUUCUUAGACUUGCUUUCAAUGAGAAUGACAGAUCUAUAACACAUGAUAUAGAAGUUCUAUGUGAAUUUGGUCGGGUCGCCCAAAAAGUUACAUAUUGCAGCUUUAAGUGUAAAUAAUAAUAAUAUGCCAUUUAGCAGAAGCUUAUAUCCAAAGCGACUUACAGUCAUGUGCGCAUACAUUUUUACGUAGUCUCAUCUACUGAAAAUGUUUAUGCUUAGGGUAUCUUGGGCAAUUUUUGCACUUUGCGAGGACUUAAUUGGACAAAAGCGGUCUCCCAUAGACCUACACAUACUGGCUUGGACCCAUGGAGAUAUUUGAUAUUAAGCUUACAAAAUAGUAAUUUUCAUGUCAUAAAGAUGUAAUAUUUUCCAAGACGAGCUUAAAAACACCAGCUGUUCUCUUGGUUUGAUGUACUACUCUCCAAACCGCUGCCAUUCACAUCCCACCUCACAACCCGACGUGUGUGUGUGUUUGAAAUACAAUAUAGCUAUUAUCUGCUAGCUGAUACCCUGUUGAACACACAGCGUAUUGUUUAUUCACUGCACACAUACACACCUAUUCUCUCUCUACCUCUGUCUUACUGAGAGAAGCACACAUCCAUAUUGCACAAACCAAGCAGAUUCAUUGCCACACUGAAACUCACUGCUUUGUGUGUGUUCCACAUUUACACAUUUUUAUGUGAUUCUCCUCUGCCUGACAUCAUCCCUUCUGGUUACUUUUUUCUUUCUUGCUUUCCUUGUCUCUCUUUUUCUCCAUUUUGCUUUAUUUCUUUCUCUUUCUCGCUCUCUCUACAUCCUCUCCCACCAUCCUCCCUUCUCUCUUAUUCUCUUUCUGUAAUUCUCCCUCCCUCUCCCCAUGCAGUUGAUCCAGCUGAUAGUCAGCCACCUGACCUUGCCCGACCUGUGUCGCCUGGCCCAGACCUGUAAGCUACUCCACCAGCACUGCUGUGACCCCCUCCAGUACAUCCAGCUGAGCCUGCAGCCAUACUGGGCCCGCCUCAGUGACACCUCCCUGGGGCAGCUGCAGGGUCGCUGCACCCUGCUCCAGAGGCUCAACCUCUCCUGGACUGGCAACCGCGGAGCCCUCACCCUCACUGGCUUCAGCAGGUGAGUUAUUGGGGAUGGGGCUGGCUGGGAGUGGGCUAGAGAGUCUGGACAUUUGUGGUUCAUUGGUCUCUGUCUUCAGAAUGGCAUGUGUGUGCCCAUCACUUCCGUUGAUUUCAGGGUGAGGAACCAUCUUUGGAAAUAUUGGACAAUAAAUUGUGCCUUUCUGUAUUAUAAUUAUGCUCAAAUCUUUAUUCUACUGAGCCAUUUACUUUAUGUUUGUAUACUUACCUUUUAUUAUUUCUUGUUGUUGCAUUGUCGAGAAGGAACCUGCAAGUAAGCAUUUUUUUGUUGGACGGUGUAUACCAUGUGUAUCCCGUACAUACAACUAAUAAAACUUGAAACUGAAACUAACAUGAAGUUGUAAAAUCCUGAACUUCCCUGUUAAUGUUGUGUUACCACGCCACAACACAGGUCUGACUUCCUCCCCCUCUUCCCCCUCAGCUUCAUGAAGGCGUGUGGCGGGAGCCUGGUGUGUCUGGAGCUGUCGUGUUGUCACUUCCUGAGUGAACCGUGUCUGGAGGUCAUCUCCCAGACGUGUCCCGGCUUGCAGGAGCUCAACCUGUCCUCGUGCGACCGCCUCCACCCCCAGGCCUUCACACACAUCUCCAAGCUCACCCACCUGCGCCGGCUAGUGCUCUACCGCACAAAGAUAGAGGUACAGUGCCUUCAGAAAGUACCCCUUGACUUAUUCCAUAUUUUGUUGAGUUACAGCCUGAAAUCAAAAUUGAUUAAAUAAAAAAAAAAAUCACCCAUCUACACACAAUACCCCAUAAUGACAUUGAAUACAUGUUUCUAGAAAUGUUUUGCAAAAUUAUUGAAAAUGAAAUCACCAAAUAUCUAAUUUACAUAAGUAUUCACACCCCUGAGUCAAUACUUUGUAGAAGCACCUUUGGCAACGAUUACAGUUGUGAGUCUUCCUGGGUAAGUCUCUAAGAGCUUGCCACACCUGGAUUGUGCAACAUUUGCCCAUUAUUCUUUUCAAAAUUCUUCAAGCUCUGUCAAAUUGGUUGUUGGUCAUUGCUAGACAACCAUUUUUCAGGUCUUGCCAUAGUUUUUCAAGUAGAUUUAAGUCAAAACUGUAACUCGGCCACUCAGGAACAUUCACUGUCUUCACUGAUUUUGCCUGUGCUUAGCUCCAUUCCAUUUAUUUUUUAUCCUGAAAAACUCCACAGUCCUUAAUGAUUACAAGCAUACCCAUAACAUGAAAAUAUGGAGAGUGGUACUCAGUAAUGUGUUGUACUGGAUUUGCCCUAAACACAACACUUUGUAUUCAGGACAAAAAGUUAAUUGCUUUGCCACAUUUUUUGCAGUAUUACGUUAGUACCUUGUUGCAAACAGGAUGCAUGUUUUAGAAAAUACAAUUCUGUACAAGCUUCCUUAUUUUCACUCUGUCAAUUAGGUUAGUAUUGUGGCGUAACUACAAUGUUGUUGAUCCACCCUCAUUUCUCUCCUAUCACAGCCAUUCAACUCUGUAACUGUUUUAAAGUCACCAUUGGCCUCAUGGUGAAAUGGUUUCCUUCCUCUCCGGCAACUGAAUUAGGAGGGACACCUGUAUCUUUGUAGUGACUGGGUGUAUUGAUACACCAUCCAAAGUGUAAUGAGUAAUUUCACCAUGCUGAAAGGGAUAUUCAGUGUCUGCUUUUUUUUUUACCGAUCUACCAAUAGCGGUGCCCUUCUUGGUGAAAACCUCCCUGGUCUUUGUGGUUGAAUCUGUGUUUGAAAUUCACUGCUCGACUGAGGGACCUUGUAUGUUUGGGGUACAGAGAUGAGGUAGUCAUUCACAUUUUUAAUUGUGAAAGAGGCUUUAUCUAUGUUGGUUGGUGAUACGGAUUUGCACACAUCCUUGCACUUUGAAAAGUGAUGAUGUCGAGGUGAGUGAAAUAAGUAAGCAUCAGAUAAAUGUUUGGUGUUGUUGAUGUUUGAUGCUGUGAAACUUGGGGAAUAGCUCACAGAUUAGCAAGUCCUGUCAUGUCAUGAUAACUUGGUUGGCACAGGCGAGCACAUCAGCGCCAGCGGUGGAGCUCGAAUGAUUGCGCUCUGUCUCAUGGAAAUAGUUGCAGGGUGAACUCUGUAGUUUAGUCUGUCAGGCAAGAAAGCAAGAGUUGAUUGGAGGAGAGAGAGAGAGCGUGUUGCUAACUGUAUCACACAAUUUAUUAUGGAAACCCCUUAUUAGGAAGAGCGUAUGUGAAUGGUUGAGAUAAAGAAGAGGAAGGAAGAGCGAGACAGUGUGAGAGAGAGAUUAUGUUCCUGACUACAAUUGUAUCGUAUUUAUUGCUCCUCUCCUCUCCCUCUGUUACUCUGUUCCGUCUAGGUCAGUGAAGCGAAGGGAGUGAUGUGGAGAGUCAGGGCUCGGCAGUAAAAGGCAGGGAGGAAGAUGAGUUAGAGAUGAUUGGAGGGAUAGAGAUGUGGAGGGGAGAGAGGAAGAGGAGAGUGAAGAGGAGAGAGAGUGGAGGGGAAGAGGAGAGUGAAGAUGAGGGAGAAAAGAGUAGAGGAGGAAGAAGCUGAGGAAGAGGGAGAGCACACCCGAGAGGAGAGCCUACAUUUCCAUGACGUGUGUCUGCCUUAAGUCCCACAAUUCACCCUUGUACCACACAGCCUGGGCCUAAAGUGACAGUGGCAGGGGUUUUGGAGCCGUUUUUAAAAGUGGUAGGAACUUAUAUCAACUCCUGAGUGGCGCAGUGGUCUAAGGCACUGCAUCGCAGUGCUAACUGUGCCACUAGAGAUCCUGGUUCGAAUCCAGGCUCUGUCGCCGCCGGCCGCGACCGGGAGACUCAUGGACGGCGCACAAUUGGCCCAGCGUCGUCCAGGGUAGGGGAGGGAAUGGCCGGCAGGGAUGUAGCUCAGUUGAUAGAGCAUGGCGUUUGCAACGCCAGGGUUGUGGGUUCGAUUCCCACGGGGGGCCAGUAUAAAAAAAAUAUAUAUGUAUUCACUAGAGCUUGUAAUGGAUUACAACAAUAAAAUGGGCGGGGUUGACCAUCUUGACCAACUGAGGAGCUAUUACAAUGUUGGACACACAGGCAGAAAAUGGUGGAAGUAUGUGUUUUUUGUGGGAGCGUACAUUGUGUGGGGGACCCUGCAAAGGCCCCUUCCCAGAAACCACAGGCGCUGGUCCCUGAAGGCAUUAAAAAUGCAGCUUGUGAAUUCACUUUGAUAUGGCUACAGUGGCAGGAAGAGGGGAGCCAAGAGUGUGGCACCAGGGCGUGUGGACCGAGUUGUAACUCAUUUGAAAGCAGGUGAAGUUUGAAGGGCACAAGAGAGGGUGUGUGGUGUGCUUCCGGAGUGGACGCAGGGCAAAGAGUGGGAGAUGUGUAGGAACCUCCUUUUGGUGCUCUACGUGUUCUGUGCCACUUUGUAGCAUGGGGCCGUGCUUCCAGAUGUUCCAUGUUGUAGGCUAAAUGUAAACAUUAAAGUGACAGUGUGAAAUAUGAAUUUGUCCUACAAAUCUUUUGUCUCUGAACAGUUGUUGUAUCUUCUCUCUCUAUCUGUCUCUAUCUAAUCUAAUUGCAUUCACUGAAUUGUUGUCAAAGUAGGCUACUAUUUCUACAUUUUGUGUCAGUCUGUACUAAAUCUUGAGAGAGGUUACCUACAAAAAGCUGGUAGCCUACUGGAGUGAAACGUGCUUUUAUAAGCCCAGUCAUUGCGUAACAAAUAGCAAUUCUAAAUGCAAUCGCAUGUUAACUGUUUUGAUGGCCACGAUUUUAAAAAGAUCUACAAUUUGUAUUUCUCAAUCUCAACUCGUAAUUAAAGCGCGCCUCCCUUUCGCCAUUUAAGUGCAUAGGCUAUAGUCAACGGUAGGCAGACUAUCAGCGCAUCACCCACCACUUUACAAUGUUAGCUUGAGGCAGUAUGAUUGUUUGAAACCUAAACGUUUUACUUUACUUCCAAUAAUGAGGAAGGUUUUACCUUGCUUCAAAGUAGCCUAGCCAAAAUCCAACCAUAGAAAUGUGGAGGCAAUUCUUUUAGAAAGACUUCCUCAUGCCAUUAACCAGCAUUUCUCUCCUGUUCUAUUGAUUUUCAUACAAACUUUCUUUCAUAGUCCAGAAGCCAAAGGAACAAUCCUAGUCAUAUUAUCAACCCAUCCUAGUUGUUGCUAUUAGAUUCUCCCCUCUUUCUACAUUUCUAACAGAGAUUUUAAUCUCUGUCACAUAUGGAACCGCUCGCAUUAGGUGUGCUGUUUAGAACAGUGAUGCUAUUGCUACUUCGGUCCAGUGUGGCUCAAUUGGUAAGAAUGUGGUAAGAGCAUUAUUUAUUUUUGACAGGGAAGUCAUACUGACACUAGGGUCUCUUUUACAGAUGAGCCCUGCAUAAAUACAUCAAACACACAAUAAAAACAUAUUAAGAAAAACAGACACAUUUAUCAACAUAGAGGUCUCCGAUCAAUACUCUGAACUGACCAACGGGGGACCAGAACAUCUAAUUUCAGAGAGCUCUGUAAGUUGUUCCACAUAAAGGGCGCAAAAAAACUAAAAGCAACUUUACCCAACUGUGUGGAGACCGAAGGGGCGUCCAGUGUUAUCCAAGCCUUAGACCGGGUUUGGUAAUUUGUAAGUCUAAAUUGAAUUAAUGAUGAUAGAUACAUAGGACGUUUCUGUAUGAGUGCUUUGUAGAUAAACACAAGAAAAUGCUGCUCUCUCCUUACAUACAAAGAGGCCCAACCCACGUUUUGAUACAAAACACAAUGGUAAGUUCUAUAACCAUCACCAAAAUAAACCUAAGGGCACAAUGGAACACAGCAUCUAGUGGUUUAAGUGUAGAUGCUGCUGCAUGCAUAUUGAUAAUAUCCCCAUAAUCUAAAAUGGACAUAAAAGUGGCCUGGACAAUUUCCUUCCUAUUAACAAAAGUCAGACAUGCUUUGUUUCUGUUAAAGAAACCAUCCUUGAACUUCAACUGCUUCACCAGCUCAGUGACAUGUUUUUUAAAUGACAGUUUGUCAUCAAGCCAGAUACCAAGAUAUUUGUAGGAAGGAACUCGCUUAAUUUGUGUACCAUUCAAACUAUUAAUUACAAAUUAUUUUAAAUUUGGGUUAUUAGACUUAGAAAAAAGCAUGUUUCGUUUGCAUUUAGCACUAACUUUAGAUCCAAUAGUGACCUCCGCUGUGCUUGAAAAUCAGACUUCAAAUGUGAAAAGGCUUGGCCAACCGAUGGUAGCAAUGGAAUACAACACUGUAUCAUCUGCAUACAAAUGAAUUAUACAUUUUUUACAGCAUUACCAAUGUUAUUUAUAUAGAUUGUAAACAGUAGUGGGCUGAGUAUGAAACGUUUCGGCACCCAUUUAUGUAACUCAAGCAUGAUGCCGACGCCAAGGUUGUGGGUUCAAUUCCCACGGAUCACAUACACAUACUAAAAAUGUAUGCACUCACUGCAUUGAGUGUCAAUUUGGUUAAAAAAACGUUUGCUAAGUAACAUAUAUUGAGACGAUGUUGUAACACGCCUUAUUUUUAGCCUAAUGCAUAUGGGUAUAUUGGUGGUGUAUGGUAGUUGAGUUUCCUGUUCGAUACAUGACCUGUGGAUGGCACCAUUGUGGUUUACGUAGGACUAAUUCUCUACUGUCAUCAUUUGUAAUGAACUCAGAGCUGGGGUCCUUGCGGUGCAUAGCUGUUUUUGCCCAGGCCUGCUACAAAACCUUACAGAGCAUUUCUGAGUGUUGUCAUGUUUCAGCCUUUUUCUAAGGCAGACACCAUACCGUAGUCUUUCCAGUGCAGUGAGGAUGAGGUCUAGGCUUACAGGUUGUUUACUGCAGGCAGACUGAGCAAGCUGUGUGUGUCUGCAGUGCUACGUGUCAUCCAGCCCUGUUGUCUGUCAUUAAGCUGUCACUGGUAUAAUUAAAUAGUUCUCUGACUGUCUAAAAAGAGACCACCAAACACACACUCUCGAAACACACACAGCAUACACAUUUAGCCAUGCUUGCUAAAGUACACGUCACCCACACUCAAUUGCCAUUGGGUGGCAUGUUGACAGUUCCACAUUGAAAUCUCACCUCUAUCCCUCUCUAGCGAUGGUGGAUAGGUGAUAAGCAAAUGAAGUAUUUUUUUUAUGCAUUGUUUUUUUAAUGUUUUGAAAUGUUAUACUACCCUAAUACUGUUGAGUUGUGUGUGUGUGUGCCAGACCAAGUCAUCUUGGAGAGAUAUUGAAUAACAUGGGUAGACCUGUUAUUGUAAUUUUUGACGUGACACCUUUGAUACACAUUCCUCAGUCUCAUUUUACUGUGUGUGUACAAAAAGGGGUGCAAUCAUAUUUUGGGUCGGUUGAUAGAAACGUAACUCAACUUUGUGACAUUUUCUCUCUCUCUUGCUUUGUUUAUGUUGCUGCAGCAAACAGUCAUGUUGAGCAUCCUAACCUUCUGCAUUGAGCUGAGACACCUCAACCUGGGGAGCUGUGUGAUGGUAAGAUGCCCCCCACAAAUGCACUCACUAUCAUACACUCUUCUCUUGCGCCAGAUAGACAUUCUAGGAUCAGCCUAACCACUCAACUCCUAACCACAACCAAGAAUCAUGACAUUUGAUUCAGUCAUUCGGUGUUAGCUAACAGCCCUAACUGAGGUCACCACCCCUGUGUUCUCCCUCCCUGCAGAUAGAGGACUAUGACGUGGUGGCCAGCAUGCUGGCUGUCCGCUGCCGCUCACUACGCUCCCUGGACCUGUGGCGCUGCAGAAACCUGACGGAGCGUGGCCUGGCUGAGCUGGCUGCAGGGUGCAGACUACUGGAGGAGCUGGACCUGGGCUGGUGCUCCACACUGCAGAGCAGCUCUGGCUGCUUCCAGCACCUGGCCCGCAACCUGCCUUGCCUGAGGAAGCUCUUCCUCACCGCCAACCGCACCGUGUGCGACUCAGACAUCGAGGAGCUGGCUGCCAACUGCCCCGCAUUGCAGCACCUCGACAUACUGGGUGGGUACUACCUCCCCCUUUCUUUCUUAAUCUAUCUCUCUUUCUCUCGGUGUCUCACACAAGUUUAAAUAAAGUAAUCUUAUGUUCAGGCCAGAUAUUUGAAUAUAGUAUUUUACUUGGAGCAUUUAAAACAGUGUUCACUAUUAUUUGUCUGUAAUUGACUAUCUGAUUAAUCUAUGUAUUUCUGAGUGGUCACAUAAAUGUUGCUCACUCGUGAUAUGUUUGUGUUGUUGAUUGACAGGCACCCGGAUGGUAAGCUCCUCCUCCCUCAGGAAGCUGCUGCAGGCGUGUCCUAAGCUCCUCCUUCUGGAUGUGUCCUUCUGCUCGCAGGUGGACGCCCGCAUCGUCCAAGAGCUUUGCGGACUCUUCCCCAACGUGGCCAUCAAGAAGAGCUUUACCCAGUGA